AUGUCAGCUUCACUAUCGCCAGAGUGCAAUGAGGUUAAGGAGCGGUACGAUACGUGUUUCUUAAAAUGGUACAGCGAAAAAUACCUUCGAGGCCAGGAAAAGGACAACAAGGAAUGUGCAGACAUGUUCAAGGAAUACCAAAACUGUCUUAAGGUUGCUCUAAAGGAUCGAGGUGUGGAUAAGUUAGUGGAAGAGGCCCGAGAAGAAAACAAAGAGAAUGAUCUAAAGCACCUUGGGCCGAGAAUCCCCGCUUCUAUGCACCCCUUUUCCAUUCUGACGCUCGGCAUCUUCGUCGCUGGUUACAUUACUGCCCGUUGGGAUCUCGUCACUCGCCUCUAUGAGCUUGCCAUUUUCGCUUGGGAAAACGGUGUUGUCACACGCGCAGCAAAAGCUUUUGCUGCACUAUCUGUCCUCUUUCUCUCCAUUUGCGCCCCGACCGUCUUACUAGCCAGAAAAGAAACGAAUCUGCAUGAUGGGCUGAUGAGAGUCUUCUGGCCGACGGACAUUCGCAAGUCCGAUCGCCCUGGUGUCGUGGUGGGAUGGCGCAAUUCUAUAUUGGAUGUGUUUGUUGUGGCCAUCCUCGAAGAUGUCGAUGCACGAAACACCGAAUUCCAUCUCAAAGCCGGUACUUUAUUCCGCAGCGAACUUCACCCAACUAGCCAGAUUACCGAUAUGUGCGGCCAUAGCUCAAUGCAUGUCCUUGGCCUCUCGAAUGCCAUCGAUACAGCCGCAGCAGACCCUUCUUGGUUCUGUGCUACGACGAACUCAAAUCCAAGGGAACCAAAAAUCACAUGCGCCAAGGCCGUCAGCGUACAACUCAUUUUAUACGAUCGCCCUCAGCCCCAGGGGAUGCAAUAUGUAUCGCUAAAUCCGAUUGCACUGGCGCUUGGCCAUGAUGGCUCCUUGUUAGGCGACACCACAGUGUCAGAAGGGGAACAAGAGACUCGAGAGCGCCAAAAGAAGGAAGAGAAGCGCAAAUUAGUUGAGAAGCUCAAGCAGCACACCAUUUUCAAACGAGUUCCCUCUGCGCGCGACAGGGCCCUGCCUAAAAUCAUCAAUCAGAUAAACUGGUCUUGGGAGCUGGAGAAGACAUUGCAGAAAAAUGUGGGACGGCUGGGAUCAAGACCACGACGAAGCCUUAGUGUGUCUGAGAGGGUUGUUGAGACCGCAUCGACAAUGCGAAACUAUGUCAUCCUUCAGUUGUGGACAUGGUUUACGCUCUAUCUUUUCCCUACUAUACGCAAGGCCUUUGUUCUUGUUCUUAUGGGUCACCGCGUUGUAGCAGAGAUGCUGCUCUUGCUGCUUGAAUUCCGGGCCAAGCCUGGUUAUGCAGCUCUGAAAGAUAUAUCGGCUACAGCACAACAAGUUGAGAUACGACUACAACAGUUUUGCUAUUGGCCGAUGCAGUAUAUGACAUUGCGACAACGGAAAAACAACUGGGCCAGUGUUACUACUAGCCAUCCAGAUUAUAUCCGUUUCUAUAACAGCUUAUGGCUUGUUGCCAACGAUGUCAUCAUCGGAAUUGCUCUGGGUUCAUACAUAAUUGAGAAUGCAGACUGGGUUGCUGAGCAAAUCGGGGACUUACUCCAAACCUACACUGUAGACGCACUUCAGAGCAGCAUAUCAUGGCUUAUGGGCUGGCCAGCUGGUCUCAAGCUCAAUGGUGAACUGGCAGCGUUCUUGGGAGAUUUGUUCCUUUGGGUCAUCGAUUACUGGUCUAGUUGUAUCGAGACUUUGACACCAGCAUUGCCCCAGAUGGUGUGGUUCAUAGGGUUCUCCUCCUUUGCCGGAGCCAGCAUGCCAAUUGCCAUGUUCUCUGAUAUGCUUUCCACCCUGACUAUUCACAUCUACUCGUUCUACCUAGCAUCCGGGCGGAUAUAUCAUUGGCAACUCACCAUUCUGCAGUCCCUCUUUCAUCUUUUCCGCGGCAAGAAACACAACGUUCUUCGCAACCGUAUUGAUUCUUGCGACUACGAUUUGGAUCAACUCCUUGUUGGUACCAUCCUCUUUACGCUACUCUUCUUCCUCUUGCCGACAGUUGCCGUCUUCUAUCUCAACUUUGCCAUCGCAAGGAUGGCUAUUAUCUCUUUAAAGGCUGGCUUCGAUACCCUUCUUUCAUGUCUAAAUCACUUUCCAUUGUUUGCACUUAUGUUGAGAAUAAAAGAUCCAAGGAGACUUCCAGGUGGUAUACGAUUCGAGCUUCGAGAUAGCCAUGACUAUAGGCACGACAAAGCGAACAAUGCUGACGGGUUGCCGCCUACAUCAGUCAUCUAUCUCAAGUCGAUUCCUCUGACGUUUCGAAUCAUGUUCAACCAAUACUUCCAGAUGGCAAAUCGCAUUCGAAAGCACUACCUGUCACCUAAAGUCUUCUUCUGCUUGCUGACGGGCAAGUUUGUGCCGCCAAUCAACCGCAAGAAUUUAUAUAGCCUACAAUACAGCAUGUUGCCGGCUCGUCGGGCAACCAUCUGGGAGAUGUGGAGAGCGUUGAAUACAGAGACAAGGCCAACAAAGCGAAUGCCGCUGCCUUACAUACCACCAUUGCCCAAUACAGGAAGAAGAACUUCAGCGAAUAAUGGACGGGCUAGAUGA